AUGGCUGGUCCCGGUGUUACUGAUGAACCAAUUGAUUUACAUGAAUUAUGUAUUGAUGGAGAUUAUGCUGAAUUAAAAUCAGUUCUAGAAUCAUCAACUAACGUUGAUGUGAAUCAAUAUAAGCUGUUUGUUUAUCGUCCAUUACCGCAUAGUUCUCAGCAAGUCGAUGGUCUGGUCGAUGGUGACGAUGAUUAUCAAUCUGAUGAUGAAUCAUCCGAAUCGGGUACCAUGUUUGAUUAUCGAUCUCCACUCUUCUAUGCAAUUGUUCACGAUCGAUUAGCAUGCGUUAAAUUAUUGAUUGAACAUGGUGCAAAUACUGAGAAAUUAAGACCAUGGGGUUUGAAUGCAUUUUGUUUAUCAUGUUUUUGUGGUCGAUUACGUAUUGUAGAAUAUUUUCUUCAUUUAAAUUUCAAUCUUAAUAUAACUGACAAACCAAGUGCAACUGAUAAUUAUUUUGGUUCAUUAUCUAACGAUCAUGAACAUAAAAUAAAGAUGCGCGAGAUGCAUUCACGUGUUGCACAGGAUAUGGGAAUGUUUCAUUAUCCACUUCAUAUUGCUGCUAAACAAGAUUCAAUUGAAUUACUUACACUUUUACUUAAUUAUAAACAAAAAUUGAAUCUCGAAAUUCAAGAGCCUUAUACAAAACGAACAGCAUUACAUAUUGCAGCUGAAAAAUGUUCGACAGAGAUCAUUCGUUUACUAUUAGAAGAAGGUCAAUGUGAAGAAAAUCCGGUUGAUUUGAAUGGACAUACACCAUUAGAUAUUGUUUGGAAAUUACUCAAUAAUCUCGAUUUUCAAUUUGAAUAUCGCGAAGACACAUUGAAACUAAUGUUAAGUCAUCAAUGUCGAUUUUCUUCAUUGAAAUCAUUAACAGAAUUUUAUACGAAUUCCUUAUCAGCAUUUCGUCGGUUCGAAUCAAAUUUCUGGAUUGUCAUUGCCUAUGAUUUACCCUCAUUGUUUGUUGAACCUUUUCAAAAUAAUAAAACAUUACUCGUUCAUAUAUGGAUUUGGUUCAAUCGUAAUUAUCAAGACACUGUUAUGGAAGAUGAUGAAUUCGAUCGGCAUUACACUGGAAGUAUUCUUCGAAAUUUGAUUCAUGUUAUGUAUGAAAACGAACAAUUAACAUUGACCAAUCACGAAUUAGUUGAAUUAUUUACCGAAGAUUUGGGAAGUCAUUUUGAUAAAGCUACAGAUGAAAUUGAUACGAUUACAACAAUAUUAUCAACACCAUUGAAAUUGAAGCAAAUAUGUCGAAAUCGAAUACGUAAACGACUUUGUUCAUCUAAACUAGGUGGUCUUAAUCAACAAACACUUGAACAUCCAUCACUCUCACCACAAUUAACAGAGGCAUUGAAACAUUUUAUUUUACCAUAA